AUGAUUGCGUGGGCUAGCGACAACACCACGGUUACUUUGACAUGGGCUUUUUCUCUAUCGCUAAACAACGAGCGAGUAUCGGUAAAAGUCCGGGAAGAAUUAGACAAAUGUGUAGGUGUGGAAAGACUAGUGAAUGAUGCGGAUAUUAGCAACCUAGUCUAUCUCCGAGCCACGAUUAAAGAGACAUUACGGUUAUAUCCAUCAGCACCACUCUUAAGCACCCCGUCAAUUCUCCGAGGAUCGCACUAUCGGUGGCUACCAUGUCCCAAAAGGCACUCGGCUUUUAGUGAACAAUUGGAAAAUUCAAAGGGAUUCUCGUAUAUGGCCAAAUCCGUUGGAAUUCAAGCCGAGAGGUUUCUUACCACCCAUAAGGAUGUGGAUGUUAGGGAGUUUGUGAACUCGUGUCCGCCGCAUCAAGAUCCUCGUCUCCUCGAAGUCCAACGGAUGAGCUUGGAUGGAGAUUUUGGGAACUCUAUCCUUCCUAAUCAAGCCCGGAGUAGUUCUAAUAAUGUCAAUGCAUAA